AUGCCUUUCAGGCCUUCCAGAACGGCCUUUGGAAGUCUUUUGGGCUCACCAGCUUGUGCUCUUCUCGGCAGUGCCAUUGCCACGAUUUGCCACGAGGUGCCAUCGCCGCAAGGAGAAGUGAUCGAGCAGUGGGACAACUUCGAGUGGCUCAUGAACCUCACCCAGUGCUUGAAGAUCAAUAGUCGCACCACGCGCUUUCGCAAGAGACACGUGGUGCGAAUCACCCGUGCAGCCAAUCCAUCAGACAUUUUGUGGGAAAACCUCUCAGCCUCUCACCAGACACGCUUCUGGUUGCGAGGGAAGACUUAUGCCUUCGUAGCGCUGCGGUUAGCCGCGCGGCUGGGCGACGCCUGGAAGUUUGUCGGUGGCCUUUGUGGUGAUGAUCCGCAUCCGACCAAGACGGGUCAAGAUGUCUCCCUCUUGGCCAAACUCUCCUUGUUCUACUUGGGCCUUGGCAUAGCAAGGCCCAAACAGGUGGUUCCUGGUUGCAUCACCAUUCCACUUUACAUCCUCUUCAGUUGCAAGUUGCUGGUCAGGAACUUCAUGCGAGACCAACGUUUGGAUCUGCAAAAGUUUCAAAGCUUCUUCGAGCUUCCAGAUAUGGAUCAGACUCGCCCCGCCAAUGCCAAGGUGAUUUUGACCUUCGUGAUGGGAUUUGUCUUUAUGCCCGUGUGGCCGUAUGCUAUCCUGAUUGCCUGCGCGGCGCUCUUCUUGGAAUACUGGGCCUUCAAGUACCAGCUCCUACGUCAUAGCAAGCGGCCCUACUGGCGUAGAUGUCGCCAAUGCGGCCCUGAGGAUUCUCAUGGAUUCUCUACAUUGCCUUGGCGGGUUAUGGUCUUGCACAGGAGCAUCCAAACCCCUCCAGGAUCAGGUGGAUGGUGCUGGACGGUGCUGGAUGGUGCUGGAUGGUGCAAAUGA